AUGACUACCCCGGUUGUCUUCUUUUUGCCUAUCCUUUUUACUGUCUUGAUUGUACAUAGUACCUCGGUUCAGGCCCAGAAGGUCCAACGUCAAUCAAAACCCGCUGCGCCCCCAACAGUGGACAAGCCAUUACUAGCUAUUCAAAUUGGGAGCAUUGCGGGCGCCUAUGUGAUCUUCGUCGCUGUCCUCCUAGCGCUACUUAUCUUCGUUGGACGUCGCCUGCGUCGGACAGUUCAGUCGUCCAACUAUACACUGCAUAUGGAAAUUCUGAAGCCUGUCAGACCUCCUGUCAGCAUGGAUCCCAGCCCGAUUUCUCCAGUGUCACACAAUCUCCCUAGUCCCAGAUCAAGUGGAUUCAGGUCCUGGGGGUCCUUGAACAGAAGUACCAGGCCGUCCCAACCAUCUAUGAACGGCAGCAUGGUGACCAUCGACGAGUCCAUCGUCGCGAAUGACCGUCAACGAGCCCAGCAUGAUAUGGAGAUGCUCUAUGCGGCAGUUAUGGAACAUGACGCCCAGAAGGCUUCCGGAAUUGAUCUGUCGGUCCGCGAACAAGACUUCCAUGCACAAUCACCGGACAGUCAACUCACAAAUCCAUUCACUGAUCGCGGCUCCCACGGCUCAGAGAACUCAUUAGCACCAUUAGCUCCAUUGAAGUCCCCCACCAAAGGAUUCAACAGCUCCCGCUUAUCCAAGCUCUUCAACCCAGGCUCCCGCGCCAAUCCAGACCCGAGCAAAGUGCGCUCGCCGCGUCUGGCUAUCCGCAAAAUGCCUAUCUCCUCUCCAUUAGCCUCGCCAGCAGUGGCCACGCCUCAAGCCUAUGUGUUUGAAAACCCGCCUCUUUCCCCGCGGAUUUACAACCCCGGUCCUCCUCCAAUGGUGCCGCAGCAGCAUGCGAGUGAGUCAAUCAGGCCUGCUCCUGGGCGUGCCCGCCCACCUGCGCCUCUCACUCUGUCUACCCCCUCCCCUUCUUCUUCUGUCCCGUCCAACCUGCCUUUCCGGGAGGCAUACCCGCCGCAAAGUGCCCCGGCUACCAAGACCACUAUCUUGGAACGACCGAUGAAGAAUCGGGCGGGUCCUCUCACGGGCAUGGCUACACCAUACAGUCCGUACAUGCCAUUUACUCCCGUGACGCCCUUUACUCCUGGGCGCACAGUCACAAAGCGACAGCGGAAGCGGGAGGAGCGUGGGAAUGGACUGCAAGUGUUGAACGAAGAUGAUUUGGUUAAGGAUGACAAUGAUAUCUGGGGAUGA